AUGACGACGAAAUACCCCACUACCAUGAGCUGUACAGAGGCUUUUGACCAACUCAGUGCCUGUUACUCGGUCGGUGGCCAGUUUCGCAACUACUAUCGCUACGGUGAGUUCAAUGCCUGUAGUAAGCAACUAGAAAAGUUCAAGUUUUGUAUUCUACAUGGUUCAGAUCAAGUCAAAGUCCAACAAUGGUUCCGCGAUCAGGCUGACUUUAACUCCAAACACAGGGGGAGCUCGGAUGACAUCUGGGAGCCGAAGAAAGUAUAG